UCACGAAAUAAAAUAAAAACCGAGCUAUCAUCACAAAAUUCAGAGAGAGAAAAUAUUGUCAGGUGAAAUUUACAGAGAAAUAGAGAGAGAAACCGAAGUUUUCUAGGGUUUAUCUGUUAUGGCGGAACACGAAGAAAAACCUAAGCCUGAAUCACUCAUGGAGAAGAUCGCCGAGAAAAUUCACCACCAUGAUUCUUCUUCUUCCGAUUCCGAUGACGAUAAACCCGCUCCUUCUUCUUUGAAAUCUAAGAUUUAUCGUCUUUUUGGUAGAGAUAAGCCUGUUCAUAAGGUCCUUGGUGGUGGUAAAUCUGCAGAUGUGUUUCUCUGGAGGGACAAGAAAACUUCGGCGAUAGUUCUUGGGACUGUCACAGGUGUGUGGGCUCUAUUUGAAGUAUUUGAGUAUCAUUUGCUCACUCUGGUUUGCCAUCUCUUGAUGCUUACAAUUACCGUGCUGUUUCUGUGGUCAAACGCUUCAACUUUCAUGAGCAAGGCUCCCCCACAAAUUCCUGAAGCACGGAUCCCAGAAGGCCCUAUCCUAGAAUUUGCCUCUGCCUUGAGAUAUGAGAUCAAUCGAGGUCUUGCAUCUCUUCGUGAGAUUGCUUCAGGAAGAGACCUGAAAAAGUUUCUUGCUGUGAUUGCUGGCUUGUGGGUUUUUUCAAUUUUGGGCAGUUGCUGCAACUUCUUGACUCUGUUCUACAUAUGCUUUGUUCUCCUUCACACCGUGCCUGUGCUGUAUGAGAAAUAUGAGGAUCAAGUAGAUGCUUUUGGUGAGAAGGCCAUGAUUGAGUUAAAGAAGCAGUAUGCAGUCUUCGAUGCAAAAGUAUUGAGCAAAAUACCAAGGGGUCCAUUGAAAGACAAGAAGACAGCUUAAUGUGGUAGAAUGUUAAGUACGAGGUUUUGGUGGCCGUAUUCAUGGUAGGUUUAUUUGUCCAGUGAAUUAUAUUACUCGGGUAGGAAUUGCUUGCUGGAAUUUGUAAGCACUUUCGAUAUACAGCGAUAACCAUUAUGAAUAUUUCAUACUAAACAUGGGGAAGACAGCAGUUUUUAUUAAUACGUCUGCACUUUCUGAGAUUAUAAAGUGAUGCCAUUCUUCGUGAAUGGUUGGUUGAUUGAUCA